ACACGGUGCAUGUUCAGUCGGGUGAAGCAGUCAGUCAGUCAGUCAGUCAGUGAUGUCUGUGGGUAACAGCUCGGUGGAUUUCCUCUCUGCACUGUGGAACUUCUCGGUGGAGGACGGUGUGGAGGAGAGCGGUGCCAGGGACCGAGCCGAGGAACACAAGCGCACGGUUCACGCGCUGCUCUCAGUCUCCUACUCCAUCAUCAUCAUCAUCUCUCUAUUUGGGAACGCAGUAGUGUGUCACGUGGUGAUGAAGAGCAAGCGCAUGCACUCGGUCACCGGAAUCUUCAUCAUGAACCUGGCCAUCGCUGACAUCCUCAUCACCCUCCUCAACACACCCUUCACUCUGGUGCGCUUCAUCUACAGUACAUGGGUGUUUGGAAAGGCGAUGUGUCACGUGAGCCGUUUUGCUCAGUACUGCUCCGUCCACGUCUCUGUGUUUACACUAGUUGCUAUUGCCAUUGACCGACACCAGGUGGUGCUACACCCGAUGAAGCAGCGCAUGUCCCGCCUCCAGGGCGUGGUCUGGGUCGGGGUGAUCUGGUUGAUGGCCACAUGUUUCUCUCUCCCGCAUGCCAUCUACCAAAGCCUGCUGCACUUCGAGAUCGGCGAGGGGAACGUGAGGACAGUUUGUCUGCCCAGCUUCCCUCAGCCAUCUGACCUCUUCUGGAAGUACCUGGACCUCACCACCUUUGUCCUGCUCUACGUGUUGCCAUUGACAAUAAUCACCAUUGCUUAUGUCGUCAUGGCAAAAAAGCUGUGGGCACGCAAUGCCAUCGGCGAUGUGACACUGGCCCAGAGCUACGCCCACCAGCGGAGGAAGAGGAUGACCAUGAAGAUGCUGAUAGCGGUGGUGGCUGUUUUUGCCAUCUGCUGGUUCCCACUGAACUGCUAUGUGGUUCUGCUGUCUAGCAAAGUGAUCCAGGCUAACAACGGCGUGUAUUUCAGCUUCCACUGGCUGGCCAUGAGCUCCACCUGCUACAACCCCUUUAUCUACUGCUGGCUCAACCAUAACUUCAGAGCUGAGAUCAGGUUGCUGUCACUCAUUGGCCAUCAGGGCAAAAUCAGCAGCCAGCAGACCUGAAGACCACAAGAACUUAUCUCAUCUACUUUAUCUCUCCAUCCAUUUAUCUGUCCAUCAUCAUUUUGUCCCUGUUGACACAGUUAAUUUUACAUCCAUUCUUAUUUUACAUCCCUAACCCUAACCCUAACCCCUAACACUAACUCCUAGACUUAACACUAACCCCUAACCCUAACACUAACCACUAACCACUAACCCUAACCCUAACCCCUAACCCUAACACUAACCCCAACACUAACCCCUAACACUAACCCCUAACCCUAACACUAACUCCUAAACUUAACACUAACCCCUAACCCUAACACUAACCCUAACCAUUAACCCUAACACUAACCCUAACCCUAACCCCUAAACUUAACACUAACCCCAAACCCUAACACUAACCCUAACCCUAACCCCUAAAUUUAACACUAACCCCAACCCUAACCCCUAAACUUAACACUAAUCCCUAACCCUAACACUAACCCCAACCCUAACCCCUAAACUUAACACUAACCCCAAACCCUAACACUAACCCUAACCCUAACCCCUAAAUUUAACACUAACCCCAACCCUAACCCCUAAACUUAACACUAACCCCUAACCCUAACCUCUAACCCUAACACUAACCCCUAACCCUAACACUAACCCUAAUACUAACCCCUAAUCCUAACCCUAACACUAACCCCUAACACUAACCCCUAACCCUAACCCUAACCCCUAACCCUAAAACUAACCCCAACCCUAACCCCUAAACUUAACACUAACACUAACCCCUAACACUAACCCCUAAUCAUAACCCUAACACUAACUCCUAAACUUAACACUAACCCCUAACCCUAACACUAACCCUAACCCUAACACUAACCCCAACCCUAACCCCUAAACUUAACACUAACCCCUAACCCUAACACUAACCCCUAACACUAACCCCUAACCCUAACACUAACCCUAACCCAGUGAUUAUACAUUUGUGUUGAUUCAUGUAAGUCAUGAACUCAGCCGUGUUUGUGAAAUCCUCAUGUCUGUGUCCACGUGAAAACAAAACACUUUUCAUAUUGACAUUUUCAGCUUCAUGCUGGAGCACAAGCUCUAAUAACCAAACGACACCUUUACACUGGACGAGGAUGUGGGACACACGCCGACAUAUCUGCUGUAAAGUCCUGAAAUUGUAGAAAUAUCCGUACACCGGUACUCGUACUGUGUUAUCCACAAAGUUUUGUUUUUGAGAAUGUAAUACUAUAAAUACAUGUUAUAUACGUUUAUACUGUAUACAGCGCAGAAAAGCGGGAAAUAUUGCACAAAAAGCACAAAAGAACAACCUGCCUCGUGUCGUACACAGAUAUUUAUUGUAAAUGUCAGAUUUAAAGAGUUUGAAUUGCAUUGAAUUAUCUUCUCGAAUGAGCAUCAAACACAUAUUUGUACCAGUUUCAUUUAUUUCUUUUUCACAUCGGAAUAGUGAGGUUUAAACACGUGAAUGUGCGUGAAAUUACGUACACAUAAAAAAAAAACAACUAAAAGUAAAAUUAGCAUCUGGUUGUUUAAUUACUUAUUUGAUUGAUGAAUGAUGACACCUAUUAUUUAAUUAUUUGUUUGUUUGUUUGUUUGUUUAUGUGCUUUUUAAUAGUCAUUUCAAAACAAAGGAAUUAAAAAAAGUAUGCCAGUUUUAUCUGCUGGAGAUGAGUAAGUCUUGGUGUUUAUAGUUUUAUUAUCAUGGCGUAAUGUGUUGAUGUUUUGUGGCUUUGUGUCGUAAUGACAAUAAUUUAUUUGUAAUAAAUUCCAAGAAUGGAUUGACUUUGUUGUUGUUGUUAUUAUUUUAGUUGUUUUAUGACUUGUUUAAUCACACAUUACUAUACUUAUUGACAGUACCUCCGGAAAGUAUUCACCCCCCCGGUGAUUAGUUCACUUUUUGCUGAAAAUGUUGAUGGACAGAAAUUUUCGGGGCUGUGAUGCAGAUUUUCUAUUUGGUUUAAGUCUGGGCUUUGACUUGUCCAAUCCAAAAUCUCAAAAAGCUUUUAGCAAUUCUUUGUCGUUUGUGCCUUGUGUGUUGC